UCUAACACCAACUCAAGCUGAAAGUGUUGUCAUCAGUCGUUUUUCUAACGUGACUCAUUUGUUUGUUUACAAUCAUUUGACGCACCGUUUUAACACCCUGAGCACGGACCUGACGCGUUAACACACUUAUUGCCGCUUCGUCGCAUUAAAUUAUUUCCAAGCGACUCCUUUUACCCGAGGGAACAAUCUAUGCAGAGAUUGUAUAUUUGAGAGAUGGGUUCAGAGAACUCUGACCACUUUGGACCAGCGGUGGUCCUUGUUGACGAAGAUGAGCAAGAAGUAGGUGGUCUAAUCAACUCAGACGGGGAAGAAGUGGAGUUCUCCGAAGUCAGAGUGAAUCCCAUCUCAGGCGUUGUACCUGCAGAGACUCCCUCCAAGAAAUUGAUUCAGAGCGAGAGUGAAAAGCUAGCAUCCCUCCACAGCUGCUCGGUUUGUGGGAAAGACUUUCCUUACGCCUCUAAGCUUCAGCGGCAUCUGCGCACUCACUCGGGAGAAAGGCCCUUCCCUUGCUCCAUGUGCGAAAAGAGAUUUCCAGAGAAAGGGCUCCUCAUGAUCCAUGAAAGGGUCCACACGGGCGAAAAGCCGUUCCCGUGCACUUUCUGCGCCAAGAGGUUUGCCAGUCAGGGAGAGCUGCGGCUCCAUCGGCGGACUCACACGGGCGAGAGGCCUUACCACUGCUCCAUCUGUCUGAAGAGUUUUUCUCGGCACUGGCACUUGAAGACGCACCUGGAGGCGAUGCACUGCGAGGUAGUUGCGGGCUUCACGAGGAAGAAAUUUCCAUGCUCUGACUGCGAGAAGAGCUGCAACUCGGCGGCCGAGUUGAGGGACCACCAGCGGACUCACACUGGGGAAAGGCCCUUCCAGUGCUCAUUCUGUGACAAACGGUUCGCCUUGUCUGGAACACUGGUGAGGCACGAGCGCCUCCACACCGGUAUCACCCCCUACCACUGCUCCGACUGCGGCAAGACCUUUGCACAGCAGUGGACGCUCACCACACACAUGAGGACUCACACGGGAGAGAAGCCAUAUAGCUGCUCUCAGUGCGACAAGUCGUUUGUCGCUCCUGGGGAGCUCCGGAGGCACACCAGGAUCCACACAGGAGAGAAACCAUACACCUGCUGUGACUGCGGACGGCACUUCUCAUUAGCGGGAACUCUAAGAAACCACCGGCGGUCGUGUACGCAGAGCAAGAGCGAGUUCGUCCCUGAUGUCGUCUUGGGAGUGAGCCGAGCAUCGGCAGAUGAGUCGUACCUGGAGGGCCAGGCUAACUCCAUUGUCUGCGAGGUACCUGAAAGCGAGACCUCUCCAAAUGCUGCUGAGUCUACUUCCUCAGAGCGUCUUAACUGUGUCACAUCGCCUCAGCCAGAAGUUAUCCCGACGACAAUGGAAAACCUGUCAGAGAGCCUAAUUUCCACUCCCCAUGUGAACGUUAUAGUGAAACAGGAAGAAGAGGAGGAACCCUUAUACGAGGAAACUCCUGACCAGGCAUCAGAUGGGGAGAAUUGUGAGACUCCGGAAGAAAAUGAAGAGCUGCGUCAGCAAAGCAACAAAGAGAUUAGGAUUACAGUAAAAGAUGAAGAGGAGGGGUCAGUAAACGAAAAUCCGGAUGCUGACGAAGACGUUGAAAAACGUGGUCUUCCAACGUCGCCUGAGGAAAAGCAAAGUCGAAGCAACUCGAAGAGUUCCUACUGCUGUGGGCUCUGUGGAAGAGACUGCCACAAGAUGUCGGCGUUGCAGAUCCACAUGCGCAUUCACUCAGGCGAGAAACCCUACCAGUGCUCCCUCUGCGGAAAACAGUUCACACAAAAGGGUCAGCUAAAAGGUCACUUUAAAGUCCACACGGGAGAAAAGCCAUAUUCCUGUCCGGACUGCGGCAAGAGCUUUGCCCACUCGGGCGCCAUGAACCGACACCGGCUCACCCACACGGGUGAGAAGCCGUACCACUGCUCCGUGUGCGACCGCAGCUUCAACCAGUCCGGCCGACUGAGGGAACACGAAAAAAUCCACCUGGGGGAGAAGUUCGACUGUCCCGAGUGCGACAAGAGCUUCACGCGCGCUUCCAGCCUCAAAAACCACGUGAGGCUGCACACCGGUGAGAGGCCGUACGGUUGCGACGUCUGUGGGCGGGGCUUCAGCCGCUCGCAGAGCCUCAGGCUCCACAGGAGGAAACACUUCGAGACCGAGGGAACGUCUCCGGCCGCCAAGAAGAAUGACGACUUCUACGAGAGCGACAAUAACUCCCCCAUUAAUAUGUGCAUAACGGAGAAAAAUGACUGAAAAAAACUCUAUUUAUUUAACCAGAUAUAUAUUGGUAGUGUUUAGUACGAGAUAAAAGUCUGUAAAACUGAGAAAGUGGAAAGGAGUGGCUUACCUCUGAAUUUAUUGUUGCCUAUCUGUGAUGCUUCUAUAUAAAAAGUGUUAAAAACUAAAAUAUUUAUCUCUGAAGUGUACAAACAGCCUUAUGAACAGAAACACAGCUGUGGUCUGUGCUACCAAGCAGGAGUACCUGCUCAUCAAGAAGCCCGAAGCUGGGUUACUCCGUACCUGGGUUCAGCACUAUUUAUUUAUUUUUAACCUUUUUUUAGUAUAUAAGGAAAUUUAUACUGAAACAAGUUCUAGUCAACGCCAUUUGAAAAUUAAAAAUAAAAAAAAAACAGUACUACUUUCCUCUGGUUUUCUGAGAUGCACCAUUUCACUUCGUUAUCGUGUAAAAUAAAUUUUUUUGAGUUUCACAUCAUGUUAUAAUAUUCGUUCAUCAAAGACAUACCUGGAGAAAGAGGCCCAAUUGUGAGUAGUUAAGUUGCGAAGUCAAAUUUCUUUUAAGUCAUGAUCGAUAUAUAGACAUGUUGCAACGUAACGUCACGUUGUACAUGCACAAGAUCCCUGCUGGGGGACAAAAAAGCUGCUUGCAACCGAUGACUAUCGUUGGUUUUACUGUCAACAUGAUGAGCUAAACCUUAAAUGUACGCUUGAUAUAUAAAAGAAAAAGUGACGCGGUGCUUUGCGACUAAUUGUCAACACUAUGACCACGACAUAAUAAGGUCCAAGGAUAUCACAUUUCACAAGUUAGUAAAAAGUAUUAAUUGAAAAAGAAAAGUGAGGGAGAGGAAAUUAGUUCAUUUAUGCUAGCUUGACUUUGACACGUCUGCUUAGUAAAAGCCGGGAUUUUUCACCAUUAAUACUUCAACUCAUUAAUCUGUAACAGUAACUACACUGUGCUCUUUAUGUAAAGUGGUUUCAUGAUUACAGCAGCUGUACUUUGUGAUUUUUUUUUUAGAACAGUUGAAAUGGUAAAAAUAAUUUUAUUCUGAAACAUGUUAAAAAGAAAUUGCAGAUAUUUAAUAAAUACGCACAAUUUUGCAGAGGUGUCCAAAGUACGGCACAGCUGGACUGAUUGGGGCCCCAAGCUCAGGUGGUUGAUGCAAAUGGAGGCUUUUUAUGUUUAAUUAGUGCAAAAUUAUUAGACAAAUUAGAAUCUUCUUUAGCACCCACACAAAGAAUUUGUCUUUUGAUAAUUAUACUUUUUGCUUUCUCUUUAAUUUCAGCAACAUUUCCAUUACAAAUGUUCAGAAGUCUUUCUAGCUAUUCUGCUAACGUAAAAAAAACAACACACAAAACACAUUUAGUUUAUGUAUUUUUUAAAAUUCAGUUUGUACAAUUCAGUGGUUAAAGGAAUCACAUAGUAAAACAAACCACAUCACGAUUUUGGCUCGUGACUUUUACCCUGAAAGCAACUGUUGUGCAACUAAAUUUUUACUUGGCUAAAUACAACUAGCUUGUUUAAAGUAAGAGUGACUUCAGUUCUGUUUUUAUUACUGAGACUUGGACAAUUUAGUAUCCAAAAGAAUGUUCAAAUUGGAUUCCUUACUUAUCAUGAAAAACCCUUUUUAAGUUCUGGAUGUACACUGAUUUAAACUUUCCUCUGAAAAAUUCAACCCCUUUAUUUAAAUAAUUUUUUUGGUGAUUUAAAUGUUUUUAAAAAUGAUUUUCUUUUUUUUUUUUUGUCCUGCAAGAACUUUUGCCUUGAUGAUUUUGGCUCGUGACAAAAACUUCAGACACUCUCGCCCUAGUGUGCUUUCUCUUUCAAACUCAAAACCUCCCAGUGAUACACACUCUUCUGGACUGGAAUUUUUAUUAUUUGUGCCUCAGAACGUAGCUGCUGUAAGAUGAUAAUGGUUUAAAACCUAAAAUACUAACUUUAACGAAGCAUUUACACCUUCUGUCUUCAGCAACUUCCACAAACCGCUACCAGUACAGUUCAAACCCCCAAAUCCCACCUCCAUUGUAGGACUGAAGUAAAUUUCUAACUAGGUUGUCUGUUUUUAUUUGUUGUUUAAGUCAAGAGAAAAAGAGACUAAUAAUAAAUUGAUAUCAGCAUUGUUACAGCUGAUUAAAACAGAGUUCUUAAAGAAACCUCUGCUAUAUCAAACCUGCCUCAGUUGUGUUCAAAGUUUUAAAAAUAUGUGUUUAAUAAAUGGAGUAAAGCUCAUAACAGCUCAUAUUUACACACGGAAAUGCAUUGAGAACGCUGCAUGUGCUAUUCAGAGUCAAAACCUUAGGAAAAUAAUAUCUCAAUACACAAAGUAAAGAAAAUGGAUUAUUAGUAAGUUUUU